GGAAAAUAUAGAUUGGCUAUGCUUAUAUAUAGAUUUAGUAAUGGUAUAUUAUGAUUAAAUGGUACAUUAUGAUUAACAAUCCACAAUAGAAAGUUAAACUUUGGUUGGUCUCGGUCAAUUUACAAGGAGAUGGUUGAUGCUCAGUAUGCACCACUUACUGCAACUUUGGUGAGAACGCUUACUGAUAAACUGUACGAGAAGAGGAAAGCUGCUGCUCUUGAUAUAGAGAAACAAGUGCGAGACUUACUGCAAGCAAAUCGUUUGUCACAGCUGGAAAAGUUGCUCGCUGUACUAAGCGGACUGACAACAGCACAAAAUGCUCAUGCACGAAAGGGUGGUCUAAUUGGUCUAGCAGCUGCAGCUAUUGCCUUGGGGAAGAACACCGCUGAUUAUACUACACAGUUGAUCGAACCAGUUUUGACUUGUUUCAGUGAUCCCGAUCCUCGAGUACGAUACUAUGCUUGUGAGUCGUUGUAUAAUAUUGUGAAAAUAUGCCGUUCAUCUGCGUUGUCUCAUUUCGAUGAACUUUUUGACACUCUCUGGCGAUUAUCAGCCGAUACAGACUUAAAUGUGCGUAGCGGAGCAGAGCUAUUGGACCGGCUACUAAAGGAUAUUGUACUUGCUACGAACUCAUUCGAAAUUUCGACUUUGAUGUUAUUGGUCCGUGAUAGAAUAUAUUCUCAAAAUAGCUCAAAUCGAAGAUUUAUUGUCUCUUGGCUAUCAGCUUUGUUGACAGCACCGGAGCUAUCUAUUUCGAGGUACCUUCCCGAAGUUUUGGAUGGCUUAUUCCAAAUGUUGGGCGAUAGUCAGCCAGGAGUCCGAGAUGCCACUGAAGCAGUUCUCGGGCAGUUUCUUGAACGGAUGCACAACCAGAAAGAUAAUGACAGAGCUGAACUAAAUGAUAUGAUCAAUGUUCUGAUAGUACAUGCUUGUACUGAAGAAAGUACUCUUACUCGAAUGACUGCUCUUAUUUGGUUAAAUCGUUUUCUGAAAAUGCAUUCGGUCGAGCUCCUACAGUAUCUUUCAUCUUUUUUGACAGCCGUACUUCCCUGUUUAAGUGAUUCACAGCUUAAAGGUUUUGAUUU